AUGCCGAUUCCACCGCCAGCUCUCGCCGGUGGUGGCUGGGCAUCGGGCACUGCAGCGGACGACUGGACAGAUGACCCGUCGUUUGAUCUCACAAACGACUUGUCAUUCACCCUCUCGCUCUCUGUUCCUCCCCCAACGGUCAUGUCGGCAGCGUCAAGACAUCGCGUCACUGGCUCGCCACUGAGACAGAUGCACAAGAAGCCAUCGGCCCUGGCGCUCAAGAACGUCAUUCAGCUGGGAGACGACGAUGAUGACGAUUUUGACUUUGAUCUUCCCGACGACCAGGACGACUUCUCGCUCAAAACAGCAACAGCGACGCGAACCCCGCAACCACUGCCAACCCCACGCACAUUACCGCCUCCUCUCCCCCCUCGUUCGUCUACGCCCAAGGCGGCAUCAUCGCGUACAGCAUCUGGCGGGUCGGCAUCAUCCAUGAGGACCAUUCCCAUGACCGUGGUCGGUCAAGGCCCCGCGGGGGUUGGAACCAUCACACGGUUAGGACGCAAUCCAACACCAACCAAUCUCACUGGCACUGUCAAGGCGCGAGCCAAGGCAAUCGAGAAGAGCUGGGAGCUCGACGUCGACUUUGAGAGCGUGCCUGCACCGGUUCUUGUGAACAAGGCGAGAUCACUGGCACAGGCGUCGAGUUCCCGCAAGAUUGCAUUGUCGCCACCCACAAAGACGCUCAUGCCCGACGCCAGUGUCCUGGACGAUCUCGGCUUUGACCUGUCAGAUGACGACGAGAACCACGCAACGUUACGUGCCUCGGCCAUGAACAAGGCCAUGCUUCCACCUCCAAGGCGAGCGACAGAUCGAGCCGGCAGCGGUACCAUCAAGGGGCCGCCGCCGAAAACCCCGAUGCCGGUGAGACCAGAGGACGACGACCUGGAAACAGAUUUACUCCUGCCCCUCAACCUGACCAACCUCACCCUCGCCACCCAGACGUCGGCACCACGGUCACAGCCGCGUACCUCAUUGGCGUCGACUGCAGCGACAGACAAGACCGACUGGGACUCGCCCAGCACCACGUCGACUAGUGGCAGAAGAAGCAAUGCUGGCGCGUUUAGCUGGGGUGAUGACAGCCCAGUGUCGAGACGCGCCCGUGCGUCUGAAACGAGCGUCACGAGCAUCAGCUCGAGCAACGACAAGAGCAAGGAGCACGGCCCACCGGCCGACGAGGACGAGCUCGAUGAGGACUACGAGGACGGCCUGGUUCUGCCCGACCCGUCAUUCUUCUCUGCUCGCCGCACCAAUGUGCUCAACUCGAUCCUCGACCGGAAGCGCCGGCCCGAGUACGCCCCUCAGCCGCCGGCCCACGAGCGCCACCGUUCGGGAACAUCAGCAAGGAAUCACGGCGACGACUCGUUUGAGGAUGGUCUGGUGCUUGACAACCCUCGUGCUGAACUGAGCCAGCGCCGUCUGGACAAGAAGCGACUGGCACGGACCACCAUUCCAGUUCCAUUCCAGCUCGGAGCAGCUCGCAAGCAGAAACUCUCCACGGGCCCUACGCCAGGGUCGUCAGACCGAACGGACCGUCCGCCACCGCCGCCAGCACCGCGCGACGACGCGCGUGAACGCGACCGCGAACGCGACGUCCGGCCAACGCUCGGGCGACAGUCACCGGGCGCGCAUCGUGGUCGCUACACGAGUGGCGAGCGUCGGACUCUCUCUGGCGGUACUCAGUCGAAAGACGCUGCGACUGCCGCCCGCCGGCCCGAGAGCCCACAUGCCCUCCAGCGCGAGCGUUCUCGCGAACGUCCCACGUCGAGGCCUCGGCAUACCUCGGGCAACAUGGCUGCUCCGCCGGUUCCACCCAUUCCUCCAUCCCAUGACAACAAGCGUUCGACGACCGUCAGUGCUGACCCUGCACCCACGCCAGCUCGUACCUUGCGACACCAAAAAUCUCAUCAUCACCUCGCUCCAUCUCUCAGUCCUACUCUUGCUCGCAAACAGUCACUCGCAAGUUUACAGGACGCUAUUGCCGCAGGGCAUGUGCGUCCAGGGGCCGGCUCGUCGUCACAUCACAACGUUCCACUACCACCACUGCCAACCCAUGGGUACGGGCACGCGCGAAACCUCGAGCACGCAGACGACUUGUUUGAGCGCGAAGCAAAAACAGAACAACACCGGGAGCGUGAUACUCCGCAGCUUAGACAAACCUACUCUACCUCAAGAUUAACCAUGCCUACCUCGUCGUCGUUGGCCAAGAUUCGAGCCCCAGUGCACAACAUCUUCCCGCGUGCCGGAGAAGGGUCUGGCCCAAGCUCGAGUCUCAAGCGUCCGGGGCAACCCAUCCCCCGUGUGAUGGAACUGCCACGUCGCCAUCGGCACUAUGGCGACGGCACCGAACUCGAGGGCAUCGAGGACCUCCGCGUGGAGCCCGAUCCGCGAACACUGGGGUACAGCCGCCUGAGCCGGAAGUGUACGUCAUUUUGUUCUUUUGCAACUACUAACAGCGUCACAGCACAAGAGAAGCUUCCUCGAGAUGUCUCGAGCGCAGCCAAGGUCGACAGCAGGCUGGAGGCUGAGAAACGGAAAACCAACAGGUCGUCGGCCACCAAGCGUCCUCGACAGCGGCGGCCCGCCAUGCUCAUCAAGAACCUUGGUGGCGUAGAUAAACAAAGGGUCGUCGGCGAAAUGACUUGGAACCCUCAAAAGUUACGCUGGGAAGGCAACGAGGCCAUCCUGCGUGACUUUGACAUUGCCGCCAGCUCUACACGACCUGCCCUCAUCGCCCACUUCACUGGCUCGUCCGUGGGGACCGCCCUGGGCAGUCCUAUGAAUAGCAACCCUGCUGCGACGGUCCGAAUCAUUGGCGACAUGAAGUUUGACCCCGAGAAGAUGUGCUGGGUCUCGCUGUUACCACCUGGAGAGGACGAGCCCGAUCCAUUCGAGGGCAUGGCCGAUGACGAGGACGACAUGGGUGCGACAAUCACGCGGUCCAGUGCGCGCAAGUUGGUCAGCAUUGGCCUCAGCUCGCACGCAUCGAACCCAGCGCUCUCGCGGUUUGUCUCCGACUCGACUGUCGCCACACAGUCAACUACGACGUCGACCGCUACCGCGGGCACGACGGCGACUGGGUGGUCGUCGACGAGCUGGGAGGAUCGCACGCGACCGCAGUUGGGAACCGAGAUCUCACCCGAGCUGUGGCACGAGUGUCGCGAAGCCGAGGAACGGCACAGACGAGAGAUGCGUGGAUGGACAAUGCGUCCAGCGCAGAGUGCGUCCGAUGUGCGUGACCGGGAGCGGCGGGAGGAGAAGCGGUUGUGGGAAGUGAGGAACCUGGCCAUGAAGCUGGGAUGA